AUGGUAUGCCAAUGUUUGUUGGCCUCAUUAGGCUGGGGUUUACUACUCUACGUACUGUAUCGCCUGGCCACGGUACUCUACAACAUCAUUUAUCCGUUUUUCCUUGCAACACCGAUCAACUUAAGGAAGGCUGCUGGCGCAAAAUGGGCUGUUGUAACUGGAAGCACUGAUGGCAUCGGAAAAGCAUACGCGCUGGAACUGGCACAGAAUGGUUUUGCGAUUGUUCUGGUAUCGCGCACACAAAGCAAACUGGACGAUGUGAAGGAGGAAAUUGAAAAACUCUAUGGUGUUGAGGUCAAAACGAUUGCUUUUGAUUUCACAAAUGGAAAUGUUGACGACUAUGAAAAAAUACUGUUAUCGGAGCUUAAACAACUAGAUGUUGGCGUGUUAGUGAACAAUGUCGGUAUGAGCUUCAGUUAUCCAGAUGUUAUCCAUCAAGUUGAGGAUGGUCUCGAAAGACUGGCAAAUAUUGACGUUGUUAACACUCUUCCAGCAACACUGCUUUCGGCUGCCUUACUGCCUCAGAUGGUUGAACGAAAUAGGGGCAUUAUUGUGAACAUAUCUUCUGCUGCUGCAUACAGUCCCGUUGGCAUGCUAAGUGUUUAUUCCGCGUCAAAGAAAUAUAUUACAUGGUUGUCGAGUAUUUUACAAAAGGAAUAUGCAGACACGAAGAUAAUCAUUCAGACGGUGUGCCCAAUGCUUGUUGCCACCAAAAUGUCCAAGGUGACUUAUUUCAACUUUGGAAAACUGAGACAGCCGUAAUU